AUGCCACAGCAUUCCGAUAGCAGCUUUUCCGCUGUAACAAGGCACCGAACGCCUUAUUCGACGGCAGGACGUCCCCCCUCGAUUGAUAUCGUUGAUGAUGAAUGGGCCACGGACAAGCUACCAGACGACGACGUGGACGUUUCUCGACACGAGGCGGCAGUUGCUCCUCUAAUGGAGGAAGGAGAACUGGACGCGGACGCGAUCGUAGUUUCACCGUCGGGUAAUUCAUCGGCAGCGGCCAAGAACGCGGCUGAACGUCGCCGGCGUGCGGAAGGCUGGAAUGAUCUGGGUCUGGACGAGCUGGAUGGUGGGAACGUAGCCGCAGCACUAACUGUUGCUCCUGCCAACCGAUCAGCCCCCACAAAUGGUUCAAAUGCCAGAUGA